AUGGAAAGAAAAAAAAGAAAAGUAGWAGCUGAAAAUCGACAGUUUCUCGCAGAAUGGACUGAUUUAUAUUGUUUUACAUUACCUAACCGUGUUGGAGCUUUACCUGUUUGUUUGAUUUGUCAACAAACAGUUGCCAUCAUCAAAAGUUCAAAUCUGAAAAGACAUUAUGAGACUAAACACAAAUCGUUUAGUGAAAAGUACCAGGUAGGAAGUAAUCUUCGUAAAUCCAAAAUUGAGAGUUUAUAUUUAUCUUAUUCGACAUCGACUCAAAUUAUUAACGAGGCAAUGAGUGAACAAGAAAAAUGUUCAGAGGCUUCUAUGCGUAUUUCAUGGAUACUUGCUAAACACAUGAAACCGUUUACCGAUGCUGAUAUAAYCAAAGAAUGUAUGAUUGAAGCUGGAAAUGCGUUAUUUGAUAGUAAAAAUGAUAUUAUGGAGACUAUUCGUAAUAUUCCGUUAUCUGCGUCUUCAAAUACUCGAAAUACAGAACUAUUAGCAAAGGAGAAUCAUUCUAAUUUAAUACAAUCCUUAUCGGCCACGGUCAGAUGUCAGUCGAUGUAUGUCUGCAUCAGUUAA